UAUAUAUUCCAUGUAUAUCUGUAACAUAGUGUUUAUCCUUAUCCUUAUCUUGUUAGGAUAAACAUGACCUUAUGACGGUCUAAUACCUUGUAUAUAUAUGGACCUUCUGGUCGACAGUAAUGAUAACAAAAGUAUUUCCCCAACACUUUAUUUACAACAAGAGAGUUGAUUUUUCGUUUGAUUGAAAGAAGAAAAAUAAAUGAUGGGUUUGCAAAGAGCGAGGGAGAAACAAGGUAAAAAAGGAGAUUAAAAGAGGUGAGAUAUGUUGGAGAUUAAGAGAAUUGGUAUGUUAAAUUUUUAGUAAUGGAUUUGACCCGAUUUUAUUAGGUAGGUGUAUCUGACCCGAAUUUAACCUAGUUAAGUGGUAAAUAAUAGAAUUUGGCUUUUUCAUCUAAAAAUUUCUUUUAUUCAAUAUUGUCUAUCAGAGACAAUAACAUAAAAAUUAAUAUGAUACAUCACAUCAAACAAGCCACAAAAAUCUCUUCUGAAACAAUCUAUCCCGUUAAAAAGUAUGAUCUGACAAAUACGAUUACAAGAAUCAACGAUCAAGUCCAUACCAAAAUGUGUUUAGAUGUUGCCAAUACAUUGAUACUAGAUGAUAUUGUCCCCCACUUUUUAACAAUCGAACUGUUUUCCACAUCACAACGGGCGGCAGUCACCUUCAUUGCUUUCACGUUAAAGUUAUUCAUAUAAAAAUAGAUUAUUUUCUUUGAUUGAAAGAUGUUUUGGAAGAGAUUCUUCUAAAAAGUUUACUCUAGAAACCAAAGUUUACUCUAGAAACCCAUCGAACAAUCAGUUGAUUCUCUCUUUUAAUAGAAUUUGUUUAGAUGAGAAUUUUCAUUAACAUUUUCUUAUUAAAGAACAAUUAUUUUAAAAAAUGACAAACGUAACAAGGUCAUCCUAGAAUUUUAUUUGUGUAUGGAAGGUCAUCCCAGAAUUAUAUUUGUAAUUUUAGCUAGUACUUUUAGUUCUUACUUGUUUGUUGGCUCCAAAAGUGUUUCAAGUUGUCGGCUCUUCUUCAGGUUCGUUUCCUUUUCAAGAAAUGUUGAAGUCCAUGAGCAGCAGCGACGACCACCUGGUCUCUAUGAUCGUAUCUUCCACCGGAAAAUCCCAUCUCCGGCAGAUUCAUGCCGUCUUACUCCGAACUUCCUUGAUCAGAAGCUCUGACGUUUUCCACCAUUUCCUCUCCCGUCUGGCUCUCUCCCUUGUUCCCCGAGAUCUCGAUUACUCGCGUCGCGUUUUCUCCGAAAGGAGUAACCCAAGCGUCUCUCACUGCAACACCAUGAUCAGAGCUUUCUCCGUCAGCGAAACUCCCGGCGAAGGGCUUCGCUUGUUCCGAUCUCUGAGACGAAAAACCUUUCCUCCCGCUAACCCUCUCUCGUCCUCUUUCGCCCUCAAGUGUUGCAUCAAAUCCGGGGACUUACUCGGUGGUUUGCAGAUUCACGGCAAGAUUUUCAGCGAUGGGUUUCUCUCGGACAGUCUCCUGUUAACGACUCUGAUGGAUUUCUACUCCACCUGUGAAAACAGCGCUGCUGCUUGUAAAGUGUUCGACGAAAUUCCCAAGAGAGAUACCGUUUCUUAUAACGUGCUUAUCUCGUGUUUUCUGCGGAACAAACGUACACGUGACGUUCUGUUUUUGUUCGAUAAGAUGAUGAAAGAGGUCGAUGGGUGUGUCAAACCAGACGGUGUAACAUGCUUACUAGCUCUACAAGCUUGCGCAAGCUUAGGCGCGCUGGAUUUCGGUAAACAAGUUCAUGACUUUAUCGAUGGAAAUGGACUCGGUGGUGCUUUGAACUUGAACAACACUCUUGUUUCCAUGUACUCACGUUGCGGGUCUAUGGAUAAGGCUCACGAGGUCUUUAACCGAAUGCGUGAAAGAAACGUGGUCUCAUGGACGGCUAUGAUCUCGGGUUUAGCCAUAAACGGGUUCGGGAAAGAAGCUAUUGAAGCUUUCGAGGAGAUGUUGAAGUGUGGAAUCUCUCCAGAGGGACAUACACUUACUGGCUUACUAUCUGCGUGUAGCCAUUCAGGUUUGGUCCGUGAAGGAAUGAUGUUUUUCGAUAGACUAAAGAGCGGCGAGUUUAUGAUGAAGCCGAAUUUGCAUCACUAUGGCUGCAUCGUUGACCUCUUGGGACGUGCUCGUCUACUCGAUAAAGCCUAUAGUCUUGUACAGUCAAUGGAGGUGAAGCCAGACUCCACUAUAUGGCGUACGCUGCUCGGUGCUUGUAGAGUCCAAGGGAAUGUGGAACUUGGGGAACGCGUGAUCUCCCAUCUUAUCGAGCUCAAAGCCGAGGAAGCCGGAGACUACGUUCUGUUACUCAACACAUAUUCCUCGGUUGGGAAUUGGGAGAAAGUGGCUGAACUGCGUUCGUUGAUGAAGGAGAAAAGAAUCCAUACCAAACCUGGAUGGAGUGCCAUGGAGGUACAAGGACAGGUUCAUGAGUUUAUAGUAGACGAUGUUUCGCAUCCGCGGAAGGAAGAGAUCUAUAAGAUGCUAGCGGAGAUCAACCAGCAGCUGAAGAUUGCGGGUUAUGUGGCGGAAGUAGCAUCAGAACUGCACAAUCUUGAUUCAGAGGAAGAGAAGGGACAUGCGUUGACAUACCAUAGCGAGAAGCUAGCCAUUGCCUUUGGUAUUCUUAUGACUCCACCAGGAACAACCAUUAGAGUGACCAAGAAUCUUAGAACUUGUGAUGAUUGUCAUAAUUUCGCAAAGUUUGUUUCUCGUGUUUAUGAUCGUGUCGUGAUCGUUAGAGAUCGCUCACGUUUCCAUCAAUUUAAAGGUGGGUUUUGCUCCUGUAACGACUUCUGGUGAUGAUUCGGAAGAUUUGCUUCAGUGUCAUGUAUCAAAUCUUCAAACUGAAGAAGCUAAUAAACUCUUUAUUUUACAAUCAGAAA